AUGACUUCAACAGCGGAGCCCAGAAUUGGUGUUGGUGUCUUCGUUCUGAACGCCGAGGGGAAAUUUGUCCUCGGAAAGCGAAAAGGCAGCCAUGGCGCAAAUACGUGGGCCUUGCCAGGUGGUCACCUGGAGUACGGCGAGUCCUUCGAGACCUGCGCGGAACGUGAAAUCCUCGAAGAGACAGGUCUAAAAAUUCGUGGUAUCCGGUUCUUGACUGCCACGAACAGUGUCUUCAAAACUGAAGGUAAACACUACGUUACCAUAUUCAUGGCAGCCGUUGUCAGCAAUGAAUCCGAUCAGCCACAGAUCAUGGAGCCUGAGAAGUGCUCAGCCUGGGAGUGGACUUUGUGGGAUGAGCUGCGGGCCGAGGGACAAUCACAAUUGAGCGCUGGAUCGAGUUAUACUGGGAGAGAGCUAUUCCUGCCUCUGCUGAGUCUAAUCGAGCAGAGACCCGACUUCCGUCUAUAA